AUGACGAAAGGGCAGAAGAACAUACGAUGGUUCCUUGUCAUAUAUGUCGUGACUUUGUUGACAUUACAUACAACAGAAGGACAACACUUGACAGGGGAUCCUUGCACUGUUCAGAUCCUUGUACCUGGCCUGAAAGGAGAACCAGGGGAGAAAGGAUUAAAGGGAGCUCCAGGGAGACCAGGAAGAGUGGGCCCACCAGGCGAAAUGGGUCAACCUGGGGUUAAAGGACAAAAAGGCAUUAUGGGACACCAUGGAAAAGUGGGUCCAAGUGGAAUGAAAGGCAUAAAGGGAGACAUGGGGGAGCAUGGACCGCGAGGCCCGGAUGGAGAGCCAGGUGUUCCAUGUGAAUGCUCACCAAUAAGAAAGAUGAUUGGUGAAAUGGACAUUGUGGUGGACCAGCUAUCUUCUGAACUGAAAUUUAUCAAGAACGCAAUCGCCGGCAUAAAAGAAACAGACAGUAUGGUGUAUCUCCUGGUGAAGGAGGAGAAACGCUACUCUGACGCCGACCGUUACUGCCAGGCGAGGGGAGGGCACCUGGCCAUGCCGAAGGAUGACGUCGCAAACACGGCCUUGGCGAGCUACAUCACAGAAGCAGGUUUAAGCAGAGUCUACAUCGGUGUUCACGACCAGGAUGUGGAAGGAGUUUUCACCUAUGUGGACCGCUCUCCCAUGUCCACAUUCAGCAAAUGGAGAAAAGGAGAGCCCAAUAACGCUUAUGACGAUGAGGACUGUGCGGAGAUGGUGGCCUCUGGAGAGUGGACUGAUGUUGCAUGUCACCCAACAAUGUAUUUUAUAUGUGAAUUUGACAGGGAUGCAGUUUGA